CGGUAAUUUGUGAGUAUCCCUGCUCCAUCAGUUCGGACACGAACAGGGUUUUAGCCCUUCCAUUGGAAACCCCCGCGGUCGCUCGUCUUCUCUCUCUCUCGACUGUUUUCCUUGAUUCAGGUACUCAGUAGUCGGUAUCUUCUUCUUCGUUCUCUUCAUUGUCGGAAGCUUCCUUUUCAUCUCUGCAUUUUCCGCCUGUAUUAAUUCGUUGAAAAUCGUGUUUUCUCGGAGCUUUUUUUAGCUUAUGAAGCAUUAGACUGCCACCGGCCAAAUGCAUCGUCGUUUGGCCCUCACUAGAACAAUCUCAACAUUCAUAAACCCCAAAAACCAUCUCAAAACCCCACUUUCCGACUCCCCACAAGCCCUCCUCCUCUUCUUGCCCUUCCGUUCUUCGCCCUUCUCCACCAGACCCCGUCCCGUCGGCACCAAUGAUCGGCCACCUCUUCUCAGAGAUGACGGAGUCUCUAUUUGCGCGAAGUUAUGGGUUGAAAACUUCAGAGAACCCGAGAAAAACGUCUACAAUCUUUCGACGUACCUCAGGAGGCUGGAGUUGUGGGUUAUAGCUUACCAAAAGGUCUGCGCUGACGAGACCGGCGCGUAUAUGCCCAAGAAUUCGAUUGACGAUGCCGCAUUUGAGGGCUUGAUCUCUCUCCGUGAUGCCGUACUUGAGAAUCGUUUUAGGUGGGGCGCUAGGCUGGAGUUCUUCAUUAGGUCUCCCAAGGAUAAAACUGAUUUAGAGUCGCUCUCAAAGCGGAAGGUUAGGACUCUUUUGACUACAACUCAACCUGCAGCUUUCCAAGAUAGAAUUGUGCAGGAAGUCCUGUUAAUUAUCCUAGAACCUGUGUAUGAGGCGAGGUUUUCGCAGAAAUCGUAUGCUUUUAGGCCCGGACGGAAUGCUCAUACGGUGUUGAGAGUGAUCCGGAGGAGUUUCGCGGGCUAUCUUUGGUACGUGAAAGGGGAUUUGAGCACGAUAUUGGAUGGGGUCAAGGUCAGUAUGGUGAUCGGUGCUCUUAUGAGGGAUGUGAGGGACAAAUUGGUGAUUGAUUUGAUCAAAUCGGCGCUUGUUACGCCGGUGAUUACUGGUCGGUCGCCAGAGGAGGACAAGAAGAAGAAAAAGAAGAGGAAGUAUCAGAAAAAGAAGGUUUUAGCUGAAGAUGAGCCUAAGCCUGACCCUUAUUGGCUCACGUCUUUCUUUGGCUUUGCUCCUGAGGAAGCAGAGAAGGUGCCGUCAUGGGGACACUGUGGAGUCCUGAGUCCGUUGUUGGCCAACAUCUGCCUUGAUGAGUUGGAUCAUUGGAUGGAAGGGAAAAUCAAGGAGUUUUUCCGUCCGUCGAAGACAGAUGUCAUCUGGAACAGUCCCAGUGGUGUGGAGGAGCAGGGGAAUACCUCCUGGCCUGAAUUUGUUCCGACCAGUGGACCAGAUAAAACAAGGAAGAUGGACUAUAUACGAUAUGGGGGACACAUUUUGAUUGGUGUGAGGGGACCUAGAGCUGAUGCCGCUACUAUCAGGAAGCAAUUGAUUGAGUUCUGUGACGAAAAGUAUGCACUCAAGCUUGAUAAUGAGAGUUUGCCAAUCGAACACAUCACAAAAGGGAUAAUGUUCCUUGAUCAUGUCUUAUGUCGAAGAGUUGUUUAUCCAACUUUGAGGUACACAGCAACUGGUGGGAAAAUUAUUAGUGAAAAGGGUGUGGGCACCCUUCUUUCAGUGACUGCAAGCUUAAAGCAAUGCAUUAGGCAAUUUAGGAAGCUUGAGUUUCUUAAGGGGGAUCGAGAUCCAGAUCCUCAACCUUGUUUCCGAAUGUUCCAUGCAACACAAGCACACACAAAUGCACAGAUGAACAAGCUUUUGGCAACCAUGGCUGAGUGGUACCGUUAUGCAGAUAACAGGAAGAAAGUUGUGAAUUUUUGUUCAUAUAUCAUAAGAGGGUCACUGGCAAAGUUGUAUGCUGCUAAGUACAAAUUACGAUCUCGUGCAAAGGUGUAUAAGAUUGCGUCAAGGAAUUUAAGCCGCCCAUUGAAAGAGAAGAAAGGGCAGUCACCAGAAUACCAUAAUCUCAUGAGAAUGGGUCUCUUGGAUUCUAUAGAUGGUCUUAUGUUUACACGGUUAUCUCUCGUGCCUGAGCCUGAUUACACGCCCUUUCCAAAAGACUGGAGACCUGAACAUGAGAGAGUUAUCCUUGAAUAUAUAAAACUGGAGAAUCAAGAAACCUUAGAUCAACAAAGGGAAACACUUAGGGAAGAAGGUCUUGUAACACCUCAGGAUUACAUUUCUAUGCUUGUAUGGAACUACAAAAAGAAUGCUAUCUUUGCAGAUCGGUCCAUGACAAUUGAAGAGCUUGACCAGAGGGCCAGAGAGAUUCUAUCUGGAUCAGGUGACCAAGCUCUGAAACACAAGGAUAAGGAGGACGAAGAGAAUGCAGACAGAGUUACACUUGCUGCACAAAUGUGAUAGAGGUUGCAGCUUUCUAUAUUUAGUUGUCAAGCUUCCAUACCGAGGUCUUAUAUCUGAAGCAGCUCAACCUUAGCUAUUCAUUGUAGAAAUGGAGGGGAAGUGCUUCUGCUAAUAUUGGGAUGGCGUCCCUUUUUCUGAAUAUGGCUUAAAUUACAGUUAUGAUCUACACAGAGAUGUUGAAUAUCCUCAAAACAUUUAAACGCAAUGAUGAUAUACAUCUGUAAUGCCUGACUAGUGUUAUGAAGCUGCCUUUUCCUUAUAGAAGAAUAUGCAAAUCUGGAUUGGAAGAGAGAAACAACUUGAUGGUGAGGACUAAAAGGUGAAAAUGCUUGAGGUCCUCAUCUGACUUGCGGUUGUUUAUCAGCCAUCUCAGGAAUUAUUGGUGUGGCUUCUGCAAUCCAGUUGGUGCCAACAUCAACUUACAGAGUGUGACUCAACCAGGCGAGUACAUGGAGAGAGCCGAAUAUCUGAUGCCUAUUCGUAUGUAGUGAGAAGAUCCCUUUCAGUGUGGACACUAUUUUUCCAUUCCACUAUAUCUUUCCAGCAUGGGGAAGUUCUGGGUUAAUGUUUUCCACUUGCCCUGCUUGUUGCUGGACGGGAUAUUUGUUCCGCUGCUGCUGCUUUUGCAGAGGAAGCCAUAUAUCUGCUUUCUAAAUGUUUUGAGCAGACCAACUAAGCGAGCCAACGGGCAAACCUAUUAACACCGGCACACAUGGUUAUAAUUUCAAGAGAUCGAAGAUUUUCUCAAGUUACUUGGGAGAGGUGCCAUUUUAGUUCCAGACUGUAACUUAUAUGUUUAGCUCCAUUUGGCAUCAAGUCUUCUUUUUGUUUUCUAGCUUUUCUUCGGGUGUCUAUUGGCAGAAAUCUGACUUGCAUCCUUUCGAGUGUACAGGUCUUCACAUGGCAUCACGACAUUCUUUUAGCAGUUGAAAUCGACAUGAAGUAUUCUUGUGCA